AUGGCAGAGACGCUGGAGUUCAACGAUAUCUACCAGGAGGUGAAAGGCUCCAUGAAUGAUGGUCGACUGAGGUUAAGCCGCCAAGGCAUCAUCUUCAAGAACAGCAAGACGGGCAAAGUGGACAACAUCCAGGCCGGGGAGUUGACAGAAGGCAUCUGGCGCCGUGUAGCUCUGGGCCAUGGACUUAAACUGCUCACAAAGAAUGGCCAUGUCUACAAGUAUGAUGGCUUCCGAGAAUCGGAGUUUGAGAAACUCUCUGAUUUCUUCAAAACUCACUAUCGCCUUGAGUUAAUGGAGAAGGACCUAUGUGUGAAGGGCUGGAACUGGGGGACAGUGAAGUUUGGCGGGCAGCUGCUCUCCUUUGAUAUCGGUGACCAGCCAGUCUUUGAGAUACCCCUCAGCAAUGUGUCCCAGUGCACCACAGGCAAGAAUGAGGUGACCUUGGAGUUCCACCAGAAUGACGACGCGGAGGUUUCUCUCAUGGAGGUGCGCUUCUAUGUGCCUCCCACCCAGGAAGACGGUGUGGACCCCGUCGAGGCCUUUGCCCAGAACGUGCUGUCCAAGGCAGACGUGAUCCAGGCCACUGGAGACGCCAUCUGCAUCUUCCGGGAGCUCCAGUGCCUGACUCCCCGUGGCCGGUACGAUAUCCGGAUCUACCCCACCUUUCUUCACCUGCACGGCAAGACCUUUGACUACAAGAUCCCCUACACGACGGUGCUCCGUCUCUUUUUGCUGCCCCACAAGGACCAGCGCCAGAUGUUCUUUGUGAUCAGCCUGGAUCCUCCCAUCAAGCAGGGCCAGACCCGUUACCAUUUCCUGAUCCUCCUCUUCUCCAAGGAUGAAGACAUAUCCUUGACUCUCAACAUGAAUGAGGAAGAGGUGGAGAAGCGCUUUGAGGGGCGGCUCACCAAGAACAUGUCCGGGUCCCUCUACGAGAUGGUCAGCCGCGUCAUGAAAGCCCUGGUGAACCGCAAGAUCACAGUCCCUGGCAACUUCCAAGGGCACUCAGGGGCCCAGUGCAUCACCUGCUCUUACAAGGCGAGCUCGGGGCUGCUGUACCCGCUGGAGAGGGGCUUCAUCUACGUGCACAAGCCGCCCGUGCACAUCCGCUUCGAUGAGAUCUCCUUUGUCAACUUUGCCCGCGGCACCACCACCACACGCUCCUUUGACUUUGAGAUUGAGACCAAGCAGGGCACUCAGUACACCUUCAGCAGCAUCGAGAGGGAGGAGUAUGGGAAGCUGUUUGAUUUUGUCAACGCCAAGAAGCUCAACAUCAAAAACCGAGGACUGAAAGAGGGCAUGAACCCAAGCUACGACGAGUAUGCCGACUCGGAUGAAGACCAGCACGAUGCCUACUUGGAGCGGAUGAAGGAGGAGGGCAAGAUCCGGGAGGAGAAUGCCAACGACAGCAGCGAUGACUCCGGAGAGGAGACUGAUGAAUCCUUCAACCCAGGGGAAGAGGAGGAAGACGUGGCUGAGGAGUUCGACAGCAACGCCUCUGCCAGCUCCUCCAGUAAUGAGGGUGACAGUGACCGGGAUGAGAAGAAGCGGAAACAGCUCAAGAAGGCCAAGAUGGCCAAGGAUCGCAAGAGCCGUAAGAAGCCUGUGGAGGUGAAGAAGGGCAAAGACCCUAAUGCCCCCAAGAGGCCCAUGUCUGCGUACAUGCUAUGGCUCAAUGCCAGUCGGGAGAAGAUCAAGUCAGACCACCCUGGCAUCAGCAUCACUGAUCUCUCCAAGAAGGCGGGUGAGAUCUGGAAGGGAAUGUCCAAAGAGAAGAAAGAGGAGUGGGAUCGCAAGGCUGAGGACGCCAGGAGGGAAUAUGAGAAAGCCAUGAAAGAAUAUGAAGGGGGCCGGGGUGAGUCUUCCAAGAGGGACAAGUCGAAGAAGAAGAAGAAAGUUAAAGUAAAGACAGAAAAGAAGUCAACACCCUCCAGGGGCUCAUCGUCCAAGUCGGCGUCAAGGCAGCUCAGUGAGAGCUUCAAGAGCAAAGAGUUUGUGUCUAGUGACGAGAGCUCGUCAGGAGAAAACAAGUCCUCUGAAGAGACCUUUUGUUUUCAGGACUCGGAAGAAGAGGAACUAGCCAGUACUCCCCCCAGCUCAGAGGAUUCAGCGUCGGGAUCGGAUGAGUAG